AUGGGGAGGAUUGUUUGUUUUUCUGUCUUUCCAGCUCUGUUCGUGGUGUUGGCCGGUGAUGAAUUUGCCAUGAUGAUAGUGGUGGUGGGUAGCUUCUCUUCUGUCUCUCUAUUUGUGUUUGCGGUGGUGGUGUUGACGGAUGUGUACGACGAUGAUGAAGAGUGUGAGCACUUGUUGAAGGCGGUGAUGAUGAUUGGGAACCCGCUGUCAGAAGUCGAAUCUGCUGUCCAGAUUCUGGGGGGGACAAGUUCCGGCCGGGUUGCUCCAAGCCCACCAUUGGUGUUACGUUCGCUACAGAAUCUGUUGACAAGAAGGUUUCCCGAUGCCGCAGCGACUCUCCGAUGA